AAUCGAAAAAAUGAAAAUCCAUGUGAAGUUGACAAGUUAGUUAUAUAAACUCACUUAAAAACGAUAAACCACAGAUUAACAACAACUCUUAACUCUUUCUCAAUUCUCAAUACUUUCCUUCCUUGUUUAAAGUAACUUCGCAAACAUUUACACAAUACACAUUACAUCUUCAUCUUCAUCUUCUUCUCCGCAUAUUCUGCAUUGGUGGCGCGUGGUUUUGAAGCGAUGGCGAGAGUAGUGAAGGAACCAGAGGAAGUGAUGAGAAUGCGAGGAGGUUCAGUGCUUGGAAAGAAGACAAUUCUGAAGAGUGACCAUUUUCCUGGUUGUCAAAAUAAACGUCUUUCUCCUCAGAUCGAAGGUGCUCCUAAUUAUCGUCGUGCUGACUCUUUGCAUGUUCAUGGUGUUGCUAUCCCAACUGUUGAUGGAAUCAGAAAUGUUCUUAAUCACAUUCGUAAUCGCCAGAACAAACAACAAGUUCUUUGGAUUAGUCUUCGUGAAGAACCGCUUGUGUACAUUAAUGGCCGUCCGUUUGUUCUGCGUGAUGUUGAGAGACCAUUCUCCAACCUCGAGUAUACGGGAAUUAAUAGGGAAAGGGUUGAACAAAUGGAAGCUCGUUUGAAAGAAGACAUCCUGUCGGAAGCUGAAAGAUAUGGAUAUAAGAUCCUUGUGACGGAUGAACUGCCCGAUGGUCAGAUGGUGGACCAAUGGGAACCGGUAUCAUGUGAUUCUGUGAAGACACCAUUAGAGGUCUACGAGGAAUUGCAAGUGGAGGGAUACCUUGUUGAUUAUGAACGUGUUCCUAUAACUGAUGAAAAAUCACCUAAGGAGCUGGAUUUUGAUAUUUUGGUACAUAAAAUUUCUCAAGCUGAUGUAAAUACAGAGAUAAUUUUUAAUUGUCAAAUGGGGCGUGGACGAACGACAACCGGAAUGGUUAUCGCAACUUUGGUCUACCUCAAUCGAAUUGGAGCCUCUGGGAUUCCAAGAAGCAAUUCUAUGGGUAGAAUUUUUCAAUCUAUGACCAAUGCUGCCGACCAUUUGCCUAACUCAGAGGAGGCAAUUCGUAGGGGAGAAUAUGCAGUCAUAAGAAGCUUGGUUCGGGUGUUAGAGGGUGGUGUUGACGGAAAAAGACAAGUCGACAAAGUCAUUGACAAAUGUGCUUCAAUGCAGAAUUUGCGUGAAGCAAUUGGUACCUAUCGCAAUAGCAUUCUGCGACAGCCAGAUGAGAUGAAAAAGGAGGCAUCGCUUUCCUUUUUUGUGGAGUACUUGGAGAGAUACUACUUUUUAAUAUGUUUUGCCGUGUACAUUAAUUCAGAAAGGGAUAUACUCCUUUCUAGUACCGCUGGUCAAAGUAGUUUUUCCAAUUGGAUGAGAGCAAGGCCUGAACUUUACAGCAUUAUUCGCAGGUUACUCAGGAGAGAUCCAAUGGGUGCACUUGGAUAUUCAAGUUUGAAACCAUCUUUAACAAAGAUAGCUGAAUCAACUGAUGGCCGGCCAUCUGAGAUGGGUAAUGUUGCUGCCUUGAGAAAAGGUGAAGUUCUUGGAAGUCAAACUGUUCUUAAAAGUGAUCACUGUCCUGGAUGCCAAAAUCCGAGUUUGCCGGAGAGAGUGGAUGGUGCUCCUAAUUUUCGAAAAGUUCCUGGAUUUCCAGUUUUUGGUGUUGCAAAUCCAACCAUUGAUGGUAUUCGGUCUGUCAUUCAUAGGAUUUGCAGUACUAAUGGUGGAUGCCCAAUACUUUGGCAUAAUAUGAGAGAAGAGCCUGUUAUUUACAUCAAUGGGAAGCCAUUUGUUCUUCGUGAAGUUGAACGACCAUACAAGAACAUGUUGGAGUACACGGGUAUUGACUGUGAAAGAGUGGAGAAAAUGGAAGCUCGAUUAAAAGAAGACAUUUUAAGGGAAGCUAAACAAUAUAGCAGUGCCAUAAUGGUUAUUCAUGAAACAGAUGAUGGUCAUAUAUUUGAUGCUUGGGAGCAUGUUACCUCUGAUUUGAUUCAAACACCACUUGAAGUUUUCAAAAGCUUGGAAGCUGAAGGGUUUCCCAUUAAGUAUGCACGUGUACCCAUCACUGAUGGAAAAGCUCCCGAGCGUUCUGACUUUGACAUUUUGGCAAAUAAUAUUGCUUCUGCUGCAAAGGACACUGCUUUUGUUUUCAAUUGUCAGAUGGGUAGGGGCAGGACUACUACUGGUACAGUGAUAGCCUGCCUUGUAAAACUUCGCGUGGAUUUUGGUAGGCCAAUUAAAAUAUUGAGUGAUGAUAUAACCCAAGAAGAAUCAAAUGGCGGUUCUUCAAGUGGAGAUGAAGCUUUAGGCCGUGUCACUGCACUGACCUCCAAUAUUUCACAAAUAAGGAUAGACGAGAAACAAAACCGUGUUUUUGGUAUAAAUGACAUUCUCUUGUUAUGGAAGAUAACCACAUUAUUUGAUAAUGGUGCCGAAUGCCGAGAGGCCUUAGAUGCUGUUAUUGAUAGAUGUUCUGCACUUCAAAACAUUCGUCAAGCUGUCCUACAAUAUAGAAAAGUAUUCAAUCAACAGCAUGUCGAGCCAAGGGUAAGGAGGGUGGCUUUAGAUCGUGGUGCUGAGUACUUGGAGCGGUACUUCCGUCUAAUUGCUUUUGCAGCGUAUCUUGGAAGCGAAGCAUUCGAUGGGUUUUGUGGACAAGGGAAUUCCAGAAUGACAUUUAAGGUUUGGUUGCAUCAGAGGCCAGAGGUACAGGCUAUGAAAUGGAGCAUCAGAUCAAGACCAGGGAGGUUUUUCACUGUCCCUGAGGAAUUGAGAGAAUCACAAGAGUCUCAGCAUGGAGAUGCAGUGAUGGAGUCUACUGUCAAUGCCAGAAACGGUUCUGUUUUGGGGAAGGGCUCCAUACUUAAAAUGUAUUUCUUUCCUGGACAGAGAACUUCCAAUAAUAUACAAAUACAUGGUGCACCUCAUGUUUACAAGGUUGAUGGAUACCCUGUAUGUUGCAUGGCAACUCCAACCAUCUCUGGGGCCAAGGAGAUGCUAAACUAUCUGGAUGCUAAAUCUAAACCUGGGUUCACUGCUCGGAAAGUUAUAUUGACCGAUGUAAGAGAAGAAGCAGUUGUUUAUAUCAACUGUGUUCCCUUUGUCCACAGGGAGUUAAACAAACCUGUUGAUACACUCAAACACGUCGGAAUCACCGGUCCUGUGGUUGAACACAUGGAAGCACGGCUGAAAGAAGACACACUGGCUGAGAUUAGACAGUCUGGUGGGCGAAUGCUACUACACCGUGAAGAAUAUGAUCCCUCAACAAAUCAGUCUACUGUGGUUGGAUACUGGGAAAACAUUCUGGCAGAUGAUGUGAAGACACCAGCAGAAGUUUAUUCUCUUCUAAAAGAUGAUGGAUAUGAUAUUGUCUAUCGGAGGAUACCCUUAACAAGAGAGAGAGAUGCCUUAGCCUCUGAUGUCGAUGCAAUACAGUAUUGUCAAGAUGACUCUGCAGGGAGUUACCUCUUUGUAUCGCACACAGGUUUUGGUGGAGUCGCAUAUGCAAUGGCCAUAAUCUGUAUUAGACUUGGCGCAGAAGCAAACUUUGCAUCCAAAAUACUGCAGCCAUCAUUUGGUCCUGAUACAUAUGCAGUGACUGAAGAUAAUUCACUUUCUCGAGCUUCUAAUGAAACAGCACUUAGGAUGGGCGACUAUCGGGACAUUUUGAACCUUACAAGAGUCCUCGUACAUGGUCCCCAAAGCAAAGCAGAUGUUGACAUUGUCAUUGAAAGAUGUGCAGGCGCAGGACAUAUUCGAGAUGAUAUUCUGUAUUACAUUAGAGAAUUUGAGAAGUUUACUGAUGAUGAUGAUGAAGAGCGUGCAUAUCUUUUUGACAUGGGUAUCAAGGCUUUGAGGCGGUACUUUUUCCUUAUCACAUUCAGAUCGUAUCUCUACUGCAACUCUCCCGAUGAUACAGAAUUUGCUGGAUGGAUGGAUGCAAGACCCGAGCUUAGUCAUCUAUGUAACAAUCUAAGAAUAGAUAAAUAGUAUGCCGAUGCUUGUAAGUUAUGGUCAUGCUGAUGUACAGUUGGCAUUUGCUGUUACAGUUUGUCCACCUAUAACCUCUUCUACCCGUAUUGCACAAUGCCUUAUUUUGUACACAAAGCCCCCAAGUGUAACAACUCGCUACUUUGCAAACUGCUAUAUCCACAAGAGUAGCAUCUCGUAGUAAGCUUCUAUCUAAUACUGUAUGUGAUCAGAAGUUGGCUCAGAUGCAAGGCAUGAGUAUAGUAUAAUAAAGCUCAAAAGAGUAAUUUCUGAUUGCCAAACUGAAGUCUGUAAAGGAAAAUAUUGGUGGUCAAAGUAUUCAUUGGAAGACCUGUUAGGUAUUAGCUUGCACAGCUAAGGGAUGAUAUGUAUAUUUCCCAACUGUUUGUAUUCUUAUUCCUAUAGUUUUUUUUUGUUUUUUGAAGGAGUUAUCACUAGUGAAGAGGGGAGGAAAAGUUCCCUAUCUCUUCAAUAAACAAGUUUGAUUAAUGCCCUUAAGAACCUCAAAUUGUGAUUUUUUUGACUCAAAUUCUACAAGUGUUUGAAGCAGUUAGUUCUCUGUUGA